AUGCAGCCAAACCCAAAAUUCCGAGUCAUAAUCGUGGGUGGGUCUGUAGCCGGUCUCACUCUAGCUCAUUGCCUACUCAAAAACAACAUUGAUUUCGUUGUGCUAGAGGCUAGCCCUGAAGUCGCUCCAGAGGUUGGAGCAUCACUUGGUCUCCUUGCCAAUGGUGGGCGUAUCCUUGAUCAGCUCGGUGUGUACGAUGACGUUCAAGCGGAAGUUGUAUCCAUCGAGGACGCAUAUUUUUGGGCUGCUGAUGGAAGUCUUAUGCUGAAGUCGAACUCUCCUGACGAGCUCAAUAAACGGCACGGCUACCCCAUUGCAUUCUUGCCCCGCCGAACGCUCUUGAAAAUACUGUUGAAACAUCUUGGGGAUCGGCAAGAUGAUGUAGUACCUAACAAGAAGGUUAUCCGUGUCGACCAUUACCCAAGCCAUGUCAUUGUUCAUUGUGCGGAUGGAUCCUCGUAUGAGGGAGAUAUGGUUGUUGGUGCCGAUGGUGUCAGAAGUGUGGUGAGACAAUCGAUGUGGGAUUACAUGGAAAGUCAAGGACUCAAGAGUGAAGUCCAGAAAGAGCGCUCUACUAUGAGCGCAGAGUACAACUGCGUGUUUGGAAUGUCGACGGCAACCCCCGGACUGGAUCCAAAGGAUAUUCACCGAACGUUCGGCAAGGAUUGGUCAUUCCUCACGAUUGCGGGAAAGGGCAACAAGUCUUACUGGUUCCUCUACAACAAAAUGGACCGCACCUACUACGGCUCCGACAUUCCUCGUUUCAAUAAGGCUGAUAUUGACGAACGCGUUGCUCCAUACUUGCAUAGGCCAGUCACUGACUCAGUCCCUUUUUCUGAAUUGUACAAACGCAGCACCAUUCGAACCUUUGUGGCAUUAGAGGAAGCAAACUUCAAUCAUUGGUGCAUUGACCGAUUUGCUUGUAUUGGAGACUCAAUUCACAAGAUGACCCCGAAUAUUGGGCAGGGUGGUAACAGCGCUAUCGAAUCAUCUGCGACACUAGCAAACCACCUUGCUAGGUUGCUUCAACGUUCCUCUCCUUAUCAAACCGAAGAUAUCAACCGCUGUACGCAAGCCUGGCAAGCCAGUCGCCGAGACCGGGUUGAUAAAAUAUGUCGCGAGGCAUUCAACCUCACCAGGCUUGAGGCCAUUGCAUCCCCGAAGUACAGAUUGAUGAUUUAUCUGAUUCCAUACAUGAAGACAAAGAUGAUCGAGAAAACAUCUGCAACUCUUGUUGCAUCACCAAAGCUUGAAUGUGCUCCCGAGACUGUCAAAGCAUUAUGGUGCUCGAUUCCGUACAAAACCGAGAAGCCUGCAUCAGAAGCCACAGAGACCAUAUGGGAGCGAGUCCUUUGGGGCAUGCCUUUCUUGGGUUGCUUCGCUGUCGCAAGCGCUACAAUGGGAGCCAUACUCACCAAGGUCCGACAAUUGAUGAUUCCAUAUUUCAUUCAAGGAACAUGGCGUUCUACCAACGGGGAGGUCCUUGAUAUAAGGAAAGCUGUCUACCACAUCCCGUUCCUGGAUAAUCUCCUACGACCGAUGAUUACAUGCUUCCUUCCGUCGAUUAGUGGAUCCGAUCUACAAUCUCGAGCCCAGAUGAUUUCUUUCCUCGCCGAUUUAGGUGCGGUUUAUGGUAUUUGGCUAUUAGAAAGCUAUCGCAAAGCGAACGGCUGGUCGGAAGUGGCAAUCCCAAUUAGUAUCUGUUCAGUUUUCCAACUAAAAGGAAUCGGUCUAUUGGCGCCUAUCUAUUAUCUGCUGGAGUAUGUUCGCACACCUCUGUCUAAAUUGCUACCCAAGAACAUGCGUGAAGUCGAACCGACAGGGUCGAUAUCCCUUCUAGCUGCCAUGUUAAUUGGUCACUAUUUUCCCACUUUUGCCAGCUUCACGGCCCCUACGCUGGACAGCCGGCGCUGGUGGAAUGCAAUGUGGCAAAUCUUCCCCAUCACCGUUCCGUUAAUCCAGCUGCCAUUUGCCCUACUUGGAAAACGGCUAUUGCCCUCAACUAAAGCAUCCCCAGAAGAAAAAAGUCAAAACAGCAUGACUAGCACUCGGAUCGCCUAUGGCGGGUUUGCUUUGAUCUCUGCGCUUACAUUCAUCUAUGCGAGAUGCUCAGCACCUGCAGAUGCAUCGCUGCUUAGUAUCUUUUGGCCUGGUUUUAGCAGCCAUCAUCUCCCCGUGACAUCUUUCCAGGAAGGCAUUGCACGGUUCUUGCAGUAUGAUCAGGUCCUCUCGAUGGGUAGUGGGUUUUUCUGGCUUGCAUUGAGAUUCCGAGAGAUCAAGCAAUCCGGGGGUUCCGUCUCCUGGUGGAAAGCUAUCGGUUCGCUGGUGGCAACGAUUUCUUCAUUUGGUCCUGGAACUGCGUUUGCUCUUGGCUGGGGCUGGAGAGAGGAGCUCAUACACAAAUUGGCAAUAUCCCAGGGAGUAUGCUCGGAGUAA